AUGUAUGCAGCAGACGUUCGAUCAUCGAAGCACUCCGAGCCAAAUACCGAGUCGUCUCGGACCAAUCAAUCGAGGCACAUGGAGCGAAAUGUGUUCAAGUGGAGCCAAGCCAAGAUCGUCGGAGAGGAAUGUAUGGUAUUGCAAGUCGAGGUCUGGACCCCACGAGCUACACAGAGCAUGGCAAAGGAAAGGUCCGAGGACCGGAUUCGCUCCGUUGCAAGAGCUUCGAGCAUGCCACCAUGCCCCUCCCUUCACUGGCUUCGUCGUCAGAGUAACGAGCGCCUCGUGUCCAGCCGACGGCAGAGUCUUCAAGCUCGACUCGACUCGGUGUAUGGGCAUGGGGACACUGCAGAAAAGAUAAGCUCGACCCAGUACGGUCGGAGCACGUCAGCCCACCAUCGAUUGACGUUCCUUGUCACUGCGGGGUAA